AUGUACAGCAUCGGCAACCAGGGCAAGAUCAUGCGCAAGUUGUUGGGCAAGACCACGUCGGAUUCUGCCCACGACACACCCCCUCAAGCUGCUAUCACUAGCUCACCUCUUGCUCCCCAUUACCGCCCCACUGCAUCUCAGGAUGCCGUCUACGAUGCUGGUGUCCCGAUAGCUUCUCUGGACCGCUCUCCCGAUGGACGGUCCGCUGUGCUCGCUGGGCGCCAUGUGCUUAAGACGGUCACUUUCGAUGGCCUCACUGUAAAGGACGGCAUCGACCUUCGCGCAUUGCUCAAUGCCCAACCUUCUCAGCGAAGCAACAUCCCUACCACUUCCGUCGCCGACCAGCUGUCCAUCAAGGCCGUCAAGUGGGGUGAACCGCAAGGCAAGCAGGCCCUCUUCACUGCCGGCGCCAGCGGCAAGAUCUUUCAGUACGACCUGGUGCGCGCCGGAACUACCGCCAUCGGUUCCCCGGUCGACUGUGUCCAGAUACGAGAAGACUCCCGCCAGGUCAAUGCGCUGGACAUCAACCCCCACAGGAACUCGUGGUUACUGUCGGGCAGCCAGGACGGGAUUGUGCGCUGCUUCGAUGUCCGACAGCCCACCCAGACCCGAACCGGCGCCACCUUCCGCUCCAUCCAGGCGUUCAAGUGCAACGCCGACGGUGUGCACCAUGUCCAGUGGAGCCCACGGGACGGCUUCCUCUUCGCCUCCGCCACCGAGCAGGGCUUCGUGCUCAAGUGGGACAUGCGGAAGCCCAGCGCGCCUAUCUUGCGCAUCAAGGCCCACGAGAAGGCGUGCAUGUCGAUGGCGUGGCACCCAGACGGUAUCCACCUUGUCAGCGGAGGUCUCGACAGCAAGUGCAACAUAUGGGACAUGUCCAAGCAAGACAAGCGCCAGAAACCCAAGUGGACUCUCUCAACCCCGGCUCCUGCUGGCGCGCUUGCCUGGCGUCCGGGUCAAUGGUCGGCCACCGCCCAAGGAAAGCGUGCCUCGCAACUUGCCAUAUCUUAUGACGAAACCAGCCAAAAACGCUACGGUAUAAAUGUGGUACACAUAUGGGACCUCGCGCGGCCCACCAUGCCCUACAAGGAGAUACAGAGGUUCGACAGCUCGCCCAGCGCCAUCCUCUGGCACGACCAGUACCUUCUUUGGACCGCGGGACAGGACGGAAUUUUUAGCCAGUGUGACAUCACGUUCGCUCCCAAGGUCAUCGACCGCCAAGCGGUAUCUACCAUGGCCUUCUCCCCUAGGGGUGAUGUGCUCAUGCUCCUUGAUGAGCGUCCCCCUCCCCAAAGGCCACGACCCCACGUUUUGCACCACGAUGAUGUCGGAGUCCCCUCUUAUAGCUCGAGCCCCACAACCCCUAGAUUCAGUGUCAGCCGCAGCGAUUCCGAGGACGAUGCUAUGGGGAGCUUCAUAGGGCCAAAACGCCGUGGCAGCCGCAGGCGCCGACCCAGCACCCGCUCCACAGCGACACUCAGUACGACACCGCCAGCGGGUCCGACCACGGAAGAGAUUAUGUCACUCGAGCAAACCAUCAAGGCCACCGGCACCUACAAACCUCAGCAAGCCAUGGCUGUUGGUCACGUCCCGUCUACUGCCAACGUGGACGUGUACGGAUACCUAGCCAUGAACUACCUCGAAGCACUGCACAAGGACCUACCCUACUCAGCUGGUUCAGGCUCCCUCCCUGACCGCGUUGCAACCAUCCUCGAACACUACGCCAGGGCUGCGGCGAGCGUUAAGCAUUUUCGGCUUGCGCAAACCUGGCGCAUUCUCGCCUAUGCGGUCGACAUGCUACUUCACAGGCGUGCACAGUACCACCUUGAUCGCCGCAUGGACCGCCACCACUACGCCGCAAAAAGAAAGAGCGAGGCUAAGGCGAAAGCGAAGGCCAAGGCGUUAGCAGAACUCUUUAAUGCGCCGAUACAGACCACGGUCGAUGGAGAGGAAACACCCCGGAAAGUCGUAUCCAUCGCCAGCUUUGACAAGGCACUGCAUCCGAGAUCUUUGCUGUCCGAAGAGCUGGAAAGCACAUCCAAUGUCCCCACCCCCGUUGCGCGCCCAGUGCCAGAUGACCCAGGGGUGCCACAUUCAGCGGAGAGAGAGCGCGGGAGAAAGCUGACCCCAAUCGUUGAACCCGAGAGCUUUACGCUUCCCCCAGCAGCCCAUCCACCCUCGUUGGUCAUACGCAAACGGCUCGACUCGGUGCCGCUCUCCGUCGCAAGCCAUGAUAGCGGGGCGACACAUGCAAGCACGGAAGGGUACGACUUUUACGAUACCGAAGCCAUCCUCGGCAAGCCGGUCAAGGUCCCGAGCCCGAGGUCUAACCCGACUCAAGUGCACGAGCACCGUGAGCGGGGGUCACCGGGCACAACGCGGAGACCGCUUCUCCGACAAGACUCCGAGGAAAGCUACGUCCACCUUUUUUCCAUCUCAGACGAUAGUAGGCGGGCGACCGGCCUCACGGCGUCGUCGGACGGCAGCCUAACAGGGCAGGCGGCUCGCGCAGCCAUUGUCGCCGGGCUUCGCGAUGGAAAUGAGGACGCCUUGCAAGACCACAUCGGCGGCAAGGAAAUCCGGAGGGCCACGGAACAUAACCCCGAUGUGCCGUUCCGCACGAUGCUCGGAAGAACCGAGACGGACAUGACGGGCUUCACCGAUGAGCACCACGCCAUCACACAAACCACCACGGACAGCUUUGAGUCACGCUUCCCUUCACAGACAGAUGCUGACUUUGUGGUCGAGUCACCCCUGUUGGAACCUCCAUCCCCCGAAUCUCCCAUGUCCCCCGACGACGACCAAUCCCCUUUCAUCGUCGAGACGGACUACCUCUGCUGGCCCGACGACCACCCCUACCCCUACCCCGUUGACCCAGCCUCCGGCUUCUCGGCCGUCUCAUCCACGCCUCUCCAGCCCUAUGCCCUCAUCUCCCGUGCCCUAGCCUUCGAAACCAAGUCCUCCGCCCUCAACGCCUCGGCCAUCAUCCUACUCCUCAAGCCGCUCCUCCCAGACGGCGUUCUAGACCAUUUCCAAGCCACUGCCAUCCUACGCCAACACCACGCCCGGCUGAUGAGCAUGAAGCUCUUCACCGAGGCCGCCCUGCUCCGCAAGCUGUGCAUGAAGGGCUGGCCGGGCGGCUCGCUGGCCACCUGGGGCGACAACUACCCCGCCAUCUUCACCUCCGCCCAGCAGGGCGUGCAGGCGAGCUUUGCCUGCACGAGCUGCCACAAGCCGCGCGACGUCGACCGCCGCGCGUCAUCAACCGAGUCAGUCUGGCGCUGUGAGCGCUGCAAAGCCGUCAUGGCGCCGUGCGCCGUCUGCGGCGCGAGAGACGCCGUCGCGCCCACGGCUGCAAUGCCGCUACCCACCUCCCCCCACCCCAAACCCUGGUUUGCACAACACCACCACCAGCGGGCAGAAAGUGAUGAACCGACGCUGACCACAUGGUGGUACUGCCCCGGCUGCGGCCACGGCGGGCACUCAUCCUGCCUGCAAGCGUGGCACGCGACGCUCGAGGGCGGGAUGCACGCCGCGCUGGACGACGCGCCCGGGUCGGAGCCCUCAGAUGGCUGCUGUCCGCUCGAUGGGUGCGGCCAUGCGUGUCUACCUGGCCGGCCUGGUGCUGAGACGGUGGUUACGCGUACCGAGGAUGCGAGCCGUGUCGUGCGGGAGGCGACGAGGGCGGUUGCCAAGGCGACUGUGGCGGCGGCGGCGGCGGCGGCUGCCGAGAGGGGGGUUGGCACGGCCGCGGAGGUUAGUCAUCUGGCGGGACAGUUUGCGGAGGAGCAGCAGGUGGAUGUUGGAGUUGGUGGUGGCGGUGGGGGUAGUGGUGGUGUGGGUGGUCAUUAUGGCGGUGGGAAGCCUGCGCUGCCGGUUAGGAGUGAUGGGAAUGAUAUCCCGCAGAGCAGGGCGGUGGAGACGCUCCGCAUCGCCGUGAUGCUCGAAACGGUCCAGCUCUCCGACAUUGUGGGCAUCGACCUCAUCGGCAACCUCUCGCAAGCGUACAUGAACGCCAUCGACUCCUUCGAGCCCAAAUGGAGCGUCUUCGCGCCGCACGCGGUCGAGAUGGAGUUCCUCUACCUCGCGAGCACGCUCGACCCGACCUUCACGACGCCCGGCAUGCGCAUCGUGCCCAACAUGACGUACGACGACUGCCCGCGCGACCUGGACAUGGUCAUCACCGGCGGCCCCAUGUUCACGCACCGCCCCGCGCCGGCCGACCGCUUCAUGAGGGAGGCCUGGCCCAGGACCCGCGUCUGGAUGACUACCUGCACCGGCAGCAUGUGGCUGGCCAGCACGGGCCUGCUGGACGGCUUGAAGGCGACCACGAACAGGGAGUGUAAGGAGGUGGCGAAGAAGAUGCACCCUGAUGUGAAGUGGCAGGAUCAGCGCUGGGUGGUCGAGGAGAAGCCCUACGAUGGGGAGGGCAAGGGCGAGCUGUGGACGGCCGGGGGAGCUGGUGCGGGUGUCAACAUGAUUGCUACAUACUUGUUGGAAAACUUUGACAAAGAGUUUGUCACUACACUCGCCCUGAGGCCUUUGGAGUUCCGCUUGGAUGGCAACAUGAGCCAGUUUUACCUGGCUUGAAUGGUUGAGAGCAACGGAGAUGGGAUGAGAGUUGCUCGGCUUGGUGUUUGCUUUAAAGGUCACUGCACCGACCCAUUCUUGUUUGUGACACUAAGCGGGAUUUGCUAUGGUGUUUUCAACCUGCAGGACGCAGUUCGAGUUUGGCAGCAGACUAGCAAUCAGCGGCAACGGUGGACACGGUUCAGUCACAAAGUAUCAUUUGUCCGCCAUUAACAUGGCUUGUCUCAUUCACUAAAGGCAAUCUUCAACCCCACAAUCACCAGGAGGUUACACCGCACGGAGGGAAGCGCACUUGAACAAAAGGCACACAACUUCAUGAUUGUUGAUUUAUUAAGGGAUAGUUGUUGAAGGUUUCUAUAGUGCGUCGGUAGCAAACCAUCAGUUCCUAUCAAACCAUUGCCC